AUGUUUUCUGUUGCUUCACAGCCCUACAGAGAAAUCAGAGGGGGCCUGGCCAGCGGCAUAUACACCCUCAGUGACGCAGCGGAGGAGCGGCUGGCAGCGCAGAGGCUCUUCGCCGGGGGGCCCCCGGAGGGGUCCCUGACGGCCUAUGAGGCGGCUCUAAAGAUCCAGGAGCAGUACAUGGUGAAGGAUGAGGCUCAAGAGGCUGCAGAUAGACAGAAAGAGGAGGAGCAGCGGGGCCUGCGGGAGCGACGGGAGACAGACGAGAUCCUCACCCUGCAGCAGAUGCUUCCAGAGUUGCUGCAGGGGGGCAGGAUAAAGGAGGCAGAGGGAGCUGUCUGCUAUUUCCUUGACAGGAACCCCCACAGCGCUGACGGCUUCGUGCUGCUCGCCGAGACCUACGGCCACCAACGUAAUCCUAUGGGGGCCCUGACGGCUAUAUGGGGCGCUAUCCACAACUGCCCCGGCAAUCGCCGCCUGCUGCGUCUGCUGGCGCAGUACGAGGAGGCAUUCCUCAUGCAAUGCUGCGAGUUGCCUUUGGAGUUCAAGGUUAAGGCGCUCCAGGUGUCGGAGGGCCCGCCCCCCGAGGGGCCCCCAAGCACUGUGGGCCCCCUGGAUUCCGAAUUACAUCUGCAGCUGCAUCCGCAGGAGGCCCCCGUAACUGUGGCGAGACACGGGAGCCACAUGGUUGCCUUUGCGAAUCGUAGUCUGAGUCCUGGGGAUUUGAUAUUUAAGGAGAAGCCGUUUGUGUGUACUCCUAUUGUGCUUGAGAGCGGUCAAGUAUUUAGCAGUUGCUUUCACUGUCUCCAGGAAAGAAGGGAUCCUAGUCGUGCAUUCUCCUGUCCUGUGUCUCCUAAUACAUGUCCUUUUGUGUUUUGUUCGUGGGGAUGCCUCAUGGCCAAUGCACGCCUACAUUCGGUCGAGUGUGCAUGCAUGCCAUUGGUGUUUGCUGCUGCUAAGGAAGCGGGCUUAUCUGUCUCCUUCGUGCUGCAUCUCUUUCGCGUCCUAAUAAAGGCGUCGCUGCAGCGGCAUGCACAGAUCAUGAGAGACAGCAAAGAAGACGAGGAGACACUUCGAUGCGAUGUUGGCACUCAGCUUCUCCGCUUGAAUUCGUUUGAAGCAGAAGUCCGCAAAGGCCAGCCGGAGCUACUGCAGAAGCUGCUGCUGUUGAUGCGUCGCUUCCAGCAGAGUAUUCCCCCCAACAUGUUGUUGCACUUCACGGAGCCGGAGCUGCUGCAUGUAGCUCUUGUCGUGCUCCAGUACUCCCCAUAUGUCUCUGCUCCCUCCGCAGCAGCGGCAGUGCAGCGGCGGGACCCCGACUGUUCUCUGGGGCAUGUCUUUGCUCCUGCUGCAGCAAUGCUGCAUCAUAGUUGCGUGCCUACGGCCACUAUAACUCUAGACGAAGACGGGCAGCUGGCUGUGAGGGCUCUUACACAUAUACCCCCCGGGGGGUAUAUUUGUGUUUCUGCUGAAGAAGACCUCUUCAAGGCGCAGAAGGAUCGCAAGGCCCUCGAGGCCAUCCCCAGGGUCUUUGGCUGUGGUUGCAUCCGCUGCAGGGAGAAUGAUGAGGGGGGGAGGCUGCUAAGAGGUGUCCGCUGCUUCAAGUGUAUCCGCGGCUUUCUCUGCCCGGCUAAGCCAACUGCGUUGCUAGCCCGCCUCAGGGCCUACGGAGAGGCUGGCCUCUUGCCUACCUCUGCCUCCAGCGCAGGUGGGGGGAUCCCAAGGGAGACGCCUCAAGGGGACCCUAAGACAGCGGAUGCCUCCCGAAAGCAGACACCGAAAACCACUGCUAAACCCCAGCCCAGCACGAAAAGCCCGCAGGAAAAGAAGAGCAAUGCAACAGCAACACCGCUAGAGGAACAAUGGCUGUGCAACUGCUGCGGGCUGACGGGGCCGCAGGCUUCCCUGGCCUGCGAGGAGAUGGAAAGAGACAUUCAACAGAGGCAGAAAGAGGCAGAUGCAUAUCUACUGCAGGGCGCGAGGCAGCAGGCUGCGCGCUGCUACAGCGACAUCGUGGACCUCUACGGCAGCAAACUCCACCCUCAACACUCAGCCCUCUUCAACGCAAACACCAUACUAGCGGGACUUCUGGCUGCACAAGGAGGCAAGGACAUACCUAGGGCCCUCAUCGUCCUUAGGCGAGCCGCCAUGGCUGCGGAGACAGUCUUGCCAGCGACCUCUAUGGUUAAAGUCCACCUCUACUUGAAGCUCGCAGAGCUUACCUACAGGGCGAUGCAGCUGGGGAAGCAGUGCCGUCGCGGUCCGUCAGUGCCGCCUGAGAAGAUCAUGGAGCCGUUGUUCUGCGCCCUGUGGAACUGUGUUGCGUGCAUGGGGCGGGAGGCGACUUUAUCUGUCUCCGUUUGUCUCCGUCUCCGUCGAUUUGCUGCUAUCCUUAGUGUCUCCACGCCUCCCCUCACCCACGUCCCUGUGGUGCGCACAGACGACGUAUUCCUUGCUCUUUAUAAGGGGGCAACAGACUCCGCCGCCGCCGACCCCGAGGAAGUCCGGGAACUAUUUCAGCGGGACCCGAUGUCAAUAGCUGCAGGUCUUGUCCGUCGUGGGCUGCAUUUCCCGCUGGCCCUCGAGCUGUUUAAAGCUAUGAAAGACACACAACACCUCCCCACAGGUCUCAGUCUCCUCGGCCUCGCCUGCCUAUACGCCCAUAGUCCUCUCGUCGACGCCUUGUUAAAAAUGGGCUAUGACCUUUUUGCCCAGAAUUCUUUGGGGAUGACUCCCCUUCUGGUGAUGUGCGCAACCCGAGGGAGCUGUCUUCUUUCUGGGGAGAAGGGAAAAUUCGCUGGUUGUUUGGCUUCGGAGUCCGCAGCGGCGGCAGCAGCAGCAGCAGCAUCAUCAUCAGCAGCAGCAGAUGCAGAGGAGACAGAAAAAUCGCGGUUGGUUAUCCUCCGUCUAAUGCUACAGCACUGCGACGCAUUGGACUCCCGAGAAGCUGCAGUAGACCGCCACAGGGUUGUUGAUAAGAGACAGUCUCUGUCUCCUUCUCAGGUCUCCUCAGGGACACAGGAGGAGACAAAGCAGGCACAAGGCACCGGUGCAGGGCCGUUGGGGCCCAGCAGGAGACGGCUACUGUUUUCCUCUACACAUAGACUCCUAGCGAGGAGCCAGGCGCUUCACUUUGCUGCUAGCAACGGAAAGACGCGGCUCUGUCGGCAGUUGCUAGCUGCUGGUGCGGAUGUGCAGGCCCUGAACAUGGAAGGGGCGAUGCCUCUGCACUUGGCCUGCGUGGCUGGGGCUCUGGAGACAGUGAAGCUAUUGCUAGAGAGGGGUGCCCCCAUCAACGCUACCACUGCUGCAGGGGAGACACCGCUGCUGCUGGCUGCCUACUGGUUGCAGGAAGACGUGAUGGCGCUGCUGCUGCAGCGGGGGGCCGACCCGGCGGUAGUAGCUAGGGUAGAAGGCCUCACAGUGCUGCAUGCGGUGGCUGCAGGUGUACUGAGACAGACAAGGCCUUUGUUCAGAGGCCUUGCAUGGGAAGGAGACCUCGCUGCAGUCACUCUAGAAGGAUUUUCGGCGGAGACAGUUGCCAGGGGUACGUACACCCGAGGGGGAUGCAACGCAAGCUGUCCAGACACCCUGAUAGAUCUGCGUCUUCCGUCUCCGACAGCAGAUGACAGCGACCUGCUUGUUUUCCCUGGAGAGCUGAUGCAGAGGGUGCAGAAGGCCCAGGGAAUGCUGUUAUCUCUAUCACCCCACUGUAACCACUGUGCAUACACCCGAAGAACGCGUAGAGGCUUUACACCUGCUGAGCUCUUGCUACGCUCUUGGGAGGACUUCGAGGCAAGACGUAACGAGCUGCUGAAGCUGGGGGAUCUACGGCUUGCUCCCUUAACCUCAGAGGAGAAGGUACAGCUGGAGGAGCGCUGGCGCUUCGUGCUGCAUCAAAUAUACGUAUUAAGAGACCUUUUGAGUCCCCACCACCUAGGGGAGACAGAAGGGGGAAACUGUGGGGACGAAACCCCAAGGCCCGAACAAAUCCGAGAGAAUGAACGCCAAAAAAUGAUUAAUGCAGCCCCCUGGCUCUUCAAUGAUGAAAUCGCACGGGCCACACAGGGGAAUAACGGGGGUGCCCCUGUUGUGGAGACAGCCGCUAAAGGCUGA